GGCGCAAAGCCGCAAGCCCGCAAACCCUUUCUCGCUCGCCGUCUUCGAGAGGCAUCAGAGGGAGCCGCCGCCGCCGCCGUCGCCGCCGAGAGCGAGGUACCCGCGGUUGUUAGGGUUUGGGUCUCGAUGGGGAGGUCAAAGAGCAAGGGGCCCAAGUUCGCGGCGGUGAAGAAGAUCAUCAGCAAGAAGACUAUCAACAAGUACAAGCAGGAUGUGCUGAACCACAAUAAGAAGGACGCCGAGAAGGAGAAGCUCGGCCGGAAUGUGCCGCAAGUUUCGUCGGCUCUGUUCUUCAGCUACAACACUGCGCUGGGGCCGCCUUAUCGGGUGAUUGUGGACACCAACUUCAUCAACUUUUCCAUCCAGAACAAGCUGGAUUUGGAGAAAGGAAUGAUGGACUGCCUUUAUGCAAAAUGCACCCCGUGUAUCACUGACUGUGUUAUGGCUGAGCUUGAAAAGCUGGGACAGAAGUAUCGCGUGGCCUUGAGAAUUGCCAAGGACCCUAGGUUCCAAAGAUUAGCAUGCACACACAAGGGGACUUAUGCUGAUGACUGCAUUGUGGAUAGGGUUACUCAGCACAAAUGCUACAUUGUUGCUACAUGUGAUAGAGAUUUGAAAAGGAGGAUAAGGAAGGUUCCUGGUGUUCCAAUCAUGUAUAUUACACAACACAGGUACUCGAUAGAACGGCUUCCUGAAGCUACCAUUGGUGGAGCACCAAGAAUCUGAUGAGCACAAACAUAAGAAGAUGGCGAACUUCACUGUCGCACUCAUGCUUGCCCAUGUUGUCACAGUUUUUGCCUGGAGCUGCCGCUUGGACCAAGUCAUGGACAAGAAUGCCGGUGUGCCAUGUUGAGCCAGCUGUAACAACUUACAAAAUUUUGUACCGGCCCAUGAUGUUACUAUUUGCUGUCGAAAUGUAAUAGUUUCUGUUUACAAUCUUGACCAGAGUAAUUUGCUGGAGGUUCAGUUUCCACCGUUGGUUUGGCAGCCCAGCUGUAUUUGUUUGUGCUGUAGGCUGUAGCUUUCUACAUGUUCAAUCUGAGCUCAACAUAUGAUCUGAUUCUUCAGAACUAACCUGUUUGGAAAGAAUAGCGUACAUAGUUUGGAA